AUGAACGGUCGAACUCCACUAUCUUGGGCCGCCAGAUAUGGGAGAGAAGCUGCAGUGCAAUUGCUUAUUUUAAACGGCGCCAAUAUCGAAGCUGCUGAUGCCCGUGGAUAUACGCCGUUGCAGCGGGCCGCUAUCUGCCAACACGGCGGCGAAGUGAUUGGCUUGCUUGUUGGAAAUGGGGCCUACACUGAAGCAGUUGACAUGACGGGUCGAACAUCGCUAUUUUAA